UGUAGGCCUACCUCGCGUGUAGCAAGAUGCUACUACUGACUAAAACAUUGAUGAAUCUAAACGUUAAAAAUGAUAGACUUUAGAUAAUUUAUCAUCAUUGAUAAACCUGACAAAGGGUUAGGGUUAAACAAUACUUUGCCGUUUGGUAUCAUUAGUCUACCUGUAGGCUAAUGACCAGCCUAAUUCAUUGUAGUCUAUUUUGUUUGCUGCUGACCUGGAGGCUUCCCGUCCUGGCUACGCAACAAGGUCUGCAGGGACUCGCCCCCGAGGAGGGAGGGCACUUCCACCGCAGGGAGGAGGAGGUGAGUGGACGCAGUUAUCCCAACAAGCCGAUUAUUGACGGCUACUGAGUCCUCUCUGUUAAUUUGCGUUCGUCCUCGCAUGGUCAAACACAGGCGGACACAAUACAUCUGAUACUGAAGUUUUUAUUUGUGCCGGGCGGAGACUUUGUUCAUCACAGGAAAGUACUAGGCUACUACUUUUUUUAAUGACGCUGCAACUUUUUAUGGAUUUAUAUUGAUAGAACUCGUGUGUGGAAAGCUAUUGUUUAUAAAAAACUUGCAAUUUGUGUAUUUGGUGUAUUUGGCCUACACUGCAGAGAGCUUAAAGUGGCAUCCUGGAAGCUGCAUGGUGUUUUAUUUUUACAUCCUGCUUAAAAGAAGUUCACACUUAAAGAAUGCAUCAAAUGAAAAUGGUAGCUGCAGUGAACUUUUAGAACUAGUAGUAACUAUAGUAAGUGAACUUUACAAUCAGGCAACAAGCCAAAUCACAGGGACGACAGUGCCAUUUUGCUUUGAGCAGUUUGAAGGCGCAAGGUAUAAAAAUGAAUAGCCUAUCCAGGAGUACAGAUGACCACAGAGACAUCGGCCACAGCCCAGCUCACAAACCGGAGACAUCAAGGUACCGUAGCUGGAGCAGCUUCCGCUUCUCGAGAUGGAGAAGUGGUUCCCAGAGGACCAGCCCCCCUGGUACCCCCUCCCCAAAGGUAGAGAAGAAGGCUGAUGUGAGCAAGGCGCUCUUCUCCUUGGUUCAGACUCACAAUGACGACUACACAGCAGAUCCAGAUGGCCAGCUGGACACCGACAAGGAGGGUGAAGAAUGCAGCGAUGACACAGGACCUUCACAGGACCAGUCCACCUACUUCCAGAAGCAGUUUGGGUCCAUGCUGCAGCCCGGGGUCAACAAGUUCUCCCUGCGCAUGUUUGGCAGCCAUAAAGGUGUUGCUGCGGAGCAGGCCCGGGUCAAGAGCUUUGGAGUGUGGAUCAUCCACCCGUACAGUGACUUCAGGUUUUCCUGGGACAUCGUGAUGCUCCUAUUGAUGAUGAGCAAUCUGGUCAUUUUGCCCUGGGGAAUCACCUUCUUUGAAGACCAGAACACCCUGCCUUGGAUCACCUUCAACGUCCUGUCCGACACUCUCUUCCUCAUGGACCUGGUUUUCAAUUUCCGUACGGGCAUCCCGGGAGAGGACAGCCAUAUCACCCUGGACCCCAAAGAGAUCCGCAUGCAGUACCUCCGCACCUGGUUCCUGGUGGACUUCAUCUCUUCCAUCCCCGUUGACUACAUCUUCCUCAUUGUUGACCUGGAGUCCCUGCACGAGUCGUCUGACGUUUAUCGCACCGCCCGCGCCCUCCGCAUCGUGCGCUUCACCAAGAUCCUCAGUCUGCUGCGUCUUCUCAGACUGUCUCGCCUCAUCCGCUACAUUCACCAGUGGGAGGAGAUUUUCCACAUGACUUAUGACCUGGCCAGCGCUGCGGUGCGCAUAGUCAACUUGAUUGGCAUGAUGCUGCUGUUGUGCCACUGGGAUGGCUGCCUGACCUUCAUGGUUCCUAUGCUGCAAGACUUCCCUCCAGACUGCUGGGUAUCCAAAAAUAACAUGGUGAAUUCAACAUGGCACCUUCAGUACUCCUACGCCCUGUUCAUGGCCAUGAGUCACAUGCUGUGUAUAGGAUACGGAGCCCACCCUCCGGAAGGCAUGACUGACGUUUGGCUUACUAUGAUCAGUAUGGUCGUGGGGGCCACCUGCUACGCCAUGUUCCUUGGUCAUGCAACUACCCUUGUCCAGUCCUUGGAUGCAUCACAUCGCCAGUAUCAGGAGAAGUAUAAGCAAGUGGAGCAGUACAUGUCGUUCCAUAAACUGCCGGCGGAUGUAAGACAGAGGAUCCAUGAUUAUUACGAGCAGCGAUUCCAAGGCAAGAUGUUCGAUGAGGACAGCAUCCUGGGAGAGCUCAGCGAUCCGCUGAAGGAGGAGAUUGUCAGCUAUAACUGCCGUGGGCUUGUAGCCAACAUGCCACUCUUUGCCAACACCGACCCUCAUUUUGUGACAGUGAUCCUGACCAAGCUGCGUUUCGAAGUCUUCCAACCUGCAGACUUGAUUAUUCGAGAAGGAACGCUGGGUCGGAAAAUGUACUUCAUCCAGCACGGCACCGUCACUGUCAUCCCACGUGGAAGUAGGGAGGUUACGCUCAACGAUGGAGCAUAUUUUGGAGAGAUCUGCCUGCUAACCCAAGGACGACGCACAGCCAGCGUGAGGGCUGACACCUACUGUCGCCUUUACUCCCUUAGUGUGGACAGUUUCAACGAGGUCCUGGAGGAGCAUCCUCUGAUGAGGAGGGCGUUUGAGUGUGUGGCCGUGGGCCGACUAGGCCGGGGAAGUCGCAGACCCAGUUCUGAUCCUCCCCCAGAUGAGAGACUUCCUCAGCAGCAACAGAGAGAGACUCCUGUCAGAAAUGUGGAGGAUACUUGACAUACUAGACUGAACUUGACCACAUAAUAAAGCAAACAUAAACAUAAA